AUGGAAAAAGAUCGAUUGACCAAGUUGACGGACUCGUCAAACCAAAAGGCGAGCAAAAAACGACCUCUUGAGACACCCUCUAGUCCAGGGAAGCAGAAAAUUCCUCGACUGGAGUUCCCCGCGACGGCAUCUUUGGAAGAAAAGGAGGAAUUCGUCUUGAAAAACAGAGGUGAAACUCCGAUGCUGCUUUUCGCCUCAGAAGUGGGUGAUUUGGAAAUUUGCCGCCAUUUCGUGGGAAAAGGGACCCACGUCGUCGGCACCGUGGACGAAAAAGGCUCCAACGUGUUCCACUACGCCGCCAGAAACGCCACGCACGGCUUAGAACUGCUCGAAUACUUCGAAAGCCUCGGAGAAGACAUCGAAAGAAGAAAUGACGAUGGUGAGCAAGCAGUCAAAGUUGCCGUUAAGGAGGGAAACUUCGACUUCGCCAUCACACUGUACAACAAAAGAUUGCGGGAUAUGAGCUUCCUAUCAUACUGCAUCGGCAAAGCGAUCGGACUGGACAUAUUGAAGUCUUUAUACGAGAAAAACGCGUCCCUGGUCAACGUGGAAAACAAAUUCGACUUGAAAUAUCUGAUUCCCGUAACGGCAGCGUUCGGGGACUUGGACAUCAUGAAGUGGGUCAUCGAGAUCUGCAGAAGCAGCUUGGAAAAUCAUGUAGAUGUAAGAAACGAAGUGCUCUAUUACGGUAUAAAGGCAUGCGGCGACAACAUGAAGCACGGCGAGCAAAUCGUUAGUUUCUUAAUGGAUGAGUACAGUCUGCAACUUUUGCCGAGGGAUUUGGAGUCUCCUCUAAAAUACGCAUUUGUGAAAGGAAACAUUCCCGUGGCAGAUUAUCUUAUGAAGAAGCAUGGCGCUUGUAUACCGGAUAAAAAAUCGUUUUUGGAAGAACUCAUCUGCAAUGAAUUCGUGAAGGCCGAGAUCAUUGGAGAUUUCCUCAACCUGGUCGAGAAGAAGGUGGAUGAUAUCCUUACCUAUCCUCUCCACUUUGCUUCUCAGUAUUCGAGGCCUGAAGUGUGCGAAUGGAUGGUCCGUCAGGGUUUGGACGUGGCCGCUGUCGUGAAAGAAUCGUUGUGCACGGUUCUCCACUUUGCUGUUUUGAAUGAGUCUCACGGAUUGGCGCACAUUCGGUUCUUUGCCCAGAAAAUGUCCGCGAAUGACGUGAAUCGAAAGGAUUCGCAAGGCCAAACGGCGCUUCACGUAGCCCUCGGCAAUGCAAGACUGGACGCUGCCGAGGAACUGAUCAAAUACGGCGCCGAUUUGGACGUCGAAUUUAAAAAAUGCAAUCUGCUGCUUUAUUGCGUGGGCAAAAACCAGUUCCCCAGCGCCAAGUUUGUAUACGGAAAGAAGAAAAGCCUGGUCGAAGGACUAGGACCAGAAGGAAAGGUCGCUUUGCACAUCGCCACCGAGUUCGAAAACAAGCCCAUGAUCCAGUGGCUGAAUAAAAUCGUCAACGAUACCCUCAACUCCAGAAUUAGGGAUAUUUUUCUCAACAAUAUUCACUCACUCUAG